UCUUUCCCUCCAAAAGAGAAUCCCUUUCUCCACUUCCAAGAAGCUCUCCUUUCUGUAUGUAUCUCAGGUUGAUGAUGAGAUUACUAAUAAUAUUACGCUGCUGCUGAUGAUAACCAUGGAAAUCUCAUUACCUGUUGAGUCAUUUCGUCUUCCUUCCAUUCUCAAGAAAUCUGGGUUGUCGAUGGUUUACUUGUUUUUGUUAUGGUGUCUAAAUGCGGCAGGAAACUGAAUUAUUUUGGUGUUGUGGAACUAGACUGUCAAGCCGCCUUGGUAAUAUUACUGAAGAAGGAAGAAGAUCUCAAGAAAGCGGAGAGUAUAAUGCUGUUGGAAGAUGAAGAAUUUAACCAAGCAAAGGUAGAGUUGGAACGCCAAGAAGAAGUUGUUGCAGCUUGGUCGACACAGGAAAAAAUUGUAGAGGACUUUAAGCUGGCUGAUUUCAGUCUAGCCUCUCAAGCCAGGCAGAUAGAAGAUCUUAAACUUACAGUCAAAGAGAAGGACCGGCAUGUUGAUUCUGCAAAAUGUGCACUUUCUUUGCAGGAAGAUGAUCUCGAUAAGAUGAGAAAUGAGUUAACUCAAAAGACUGAGGAGGUUACAAUGAUGGGUUCAGAACUGAACUCCAGGAUUCAGCUCCUAAAUGAGGCUACUGAGGUAAUUAGGAGACAAGGACUCGAGGCCCAAGAGCUUCACUAAAUGCUUAAUUGAAAGAAACUUGAGCUACAGGAGUCGAUUAAGAUGAGGCAAAGGAAGACCGAAACUUGCGGAAGAACAUUUACAAAAGCGGACUGUGGAGUGGUUUUCAGCAAAAGAAGAACUAAAAUAACUGGGGGAAAAUGCACACAGAAAUUUGGACGAAGCUAGUGAAACUUUUGAAGAUUUCAAGAGAGUGAAGAAGCUUCUUGUAUAUGUGAAAUCCGAGCUAGUUCUCAAAAGGCUUUGGCAUCUUCCCGGCAGAAAAUGGAAGAGCAGAGGAACCAACUUGAAACCAAUUGGAAGAACUGAAGAAACAGAAGAGUUUUAUGAUAUCUUACUUAUAAAAAUUGGAAAACGCACAAGUAAAAGUAGAGAGCGAGCGAGCAGGUAUUAGCCUUGCGAAGGAUCAAAAUAAGGAAGUUAAGGGGACUUGAAUCUGGAUG